ACCGUGGAGAUCGGCUGCGACGGCGACAGCCUGACCGUCAACGGCAUUAAGAUGGUGCUGAAGAAGGACAUCGUCACCACCAACGGCGUCAUCCACCUCAUCGACCAGGUGCUCAUUCCGGACUCAGCCAAGGAUGUGAUGCAGCUGGUGGGAUCCUCCCAAAGCACCUUCAGUGACAUGGUGUCUGAGCUCGGCCUAUCAGCCGCCAUGAAGCCUGAAACUGAGUACACCCUAUUGGCCCCCCUCAACAACGCUUUCACCGACGAGGUGAUGGCGACAGACCAGAGCCAGCUGAAGCUGAUCCUGCAGAACCACAUCCUGAAGCUGAAGGUGACUCUGGGGGAACUCUACAACGGCCAGCUGCUGGAGACGGUGACAGGGAAGCAGCUCAGGGUCUUCAUCUACCGCACCGCGGUGUGUAUUGAGAACGCCUGCAUGGUGAGAGGCAGCAAGGAGGGCAGCAAUGGAGCCUUGCACCUCAUGAGGUCCUUCAUCAAGCCGGGCCAGACCACCAUCUACGAGGUCCUCACCACCGACGGACGCUUCAAGAUGUUCCUGUCUCUGAUGGAGAGUGCGGGGCUGACUGAGCUCCUGAAGCAGGAGGGCUCCUACACGGUUUUCGCCCCCACAGACGACGCCUUCCAGGGCCUCAGCCAGGAGGACAUGGCCCUGCUCACCAGCGACGUGAACGUCCUGAGGACCAUCCUGCUGUACCACUUCAGUAACGGCGUCUUCAUCAAUGGAGGUCUGGAGCUGGGGGUGACCAACCUCCUGAAGACCUUCCAGGGAAACAACCUCCAAGUGCUGUCCGUGAACAACUCCAUCCACGUGAACUCGGUGGACGUGCCGCACACCGACCUGAUGGCGACCAACGGGGUGAUCCACGUGGUGAAGAACGUCCUCUACCCCGGAGACCUUCCCGUGGGGAGCCAAGAUCUACUGGUGCUGCUAAAGAGACUGAUCAAGUACAUCCAGAUUAAGUUUGUGUCUGGAUUUAGAUACGCAGAGAUCCCUCUCACCUUCAUCAAGAGGACCACCACCACAACCACUACUCAUUUCGUAGAAACAGUGCCUGAAGUAACGACGGUGAUAAGGGUCAUCGAGGGUGAACCCGAGUUUACCAGGAUCGAGGGAGGGCAGUCAUCCGUCACCACAGUAACAAGGGUCAUUGAAGGAGAACCAUCAAUUACCAAAGUAACAAGGGUCAUUGAAGGAGAACCAUCAAUUACCAAAGUAACAAGGGUCAUUGAAGGAGAACCAUCAUUGACUAAAGUAACAAGGGUCAUUGAAGGAGAACCAUCAUUGACUAAAGUAACAAGGGUCAUUGAAGGAGAACCAUCAUUGACUAAAGUGACGAGGGUCAUUGAAGGAGAACCAUCAUUGACUAAAGUGACAAGAGUCAUUGAAGGAAAGCCAUCCAUUACCAAGGUGACAAGAGUCAUUGAGACCCACAGCAGCUCCUCAGAUGGAGAGCUGGACACAGACGGAGAGAUAAAGAGGAUCCUGGAUGAAGAGGUAACUAAGGUCCAGAAGUUUCUGGAAAGUGAGGUUCGCAUUCUCCAGGACGAGGAGAUCAAGCGAAUCAUUGAGGGAGGUGGAGCCGGAUCCAUCCGCCUGUUCCAGCCUCAAAUCAUUGAGGGACCCGAUUUCUCUAAAAUCACCACCAUCCAUGGCGACCCAGAGCUGAUUGAUGCAGAGUCACAGAGGAUCACUAAACUCAUCCAAGAUGGAGGGAAGCCGUCUCAAUCCAGGAGAGCCCCAGGUGCGAAGAAGAGGAGAACCAGGCUGGUGAGGCGUAGGCCUAGACAGUGAACCCAGCCACCCGUGAACACCUUCAAGCUCACCUCAGAGACCCGAGGAAAGUCCAGGAGGCAAGCAAGAUACCGAACAACCAAUGAAUACUCUCGACACACCUAUAGCAAGUUACUGGAGUACCAGAGGACUGUGGGCCAAUGGAGAAUUCAGACCCAUCUUAACACCAUGGCCGACCUUCCGUCAUUUUUGUUGUUGUUUAGUUUUGUUUUCAUAGACAAAGUGGAGGCAUUGCGCACUUUAUGUUCUUUUAAAAGGUGUGCGUUGGCCGAAAGUUGAACAGUUUCCAACUUGAGGCUUUAGAAUCAUUCCAGUGAGACCUUGGCUUAAAGCCAUGUCUGGGUAAAAUAACAGUUUGUCACGGGAGUUGGUAGCGGUUGCAGACAAGUGAUGUGUUUCAGCAAUGCAAUAGGAUGGAAAAGAUGUCACAUGUAAGUAUGUACGCAAGGAUAAUGGGAAUUGUUGGAUGUGGACCGAAGUGUGAGAUAUUUUGAACGUUGGGGGAAUUAUGUGUUUGUUUAUUGUUUUGUUCUUUUCAUAUCUUGUCACUGUGUAAAAAAAAUGACUCGAUUGAAUACUUUUCUAAUGGCUUUUUUUAUGGUGCUGGCAUCCUUUACUAUAUCUCAACCAAUAGGAAUCAAGCAAUGUCUUCCUGAUCUGCAAUGCUAUUCCGCAAUGCUGUUCCAGUUUUUUUUUCCAGUCCACUUUGGUUUUCCUACUGUAUGUCGAUAAAUAAUUAUGAUUCUCACUCCCUUUUGUUUUGGGAAGCCUUGUUUGUUGCUGUGUGUGUGCCUUCAGAACACUGACCCUGUGGUCAGGUUGGGAACCUUUUACAUGUUCAUGUUUAAUCAAGUUUCUCAACACCUUCUUACCUCUGCCUGUUUUGGAAAUACGUGUUCAAUAAAACGUUAUGAUCGAA